AAUGUCGGCUCGAACUUUCUAGUCUAACGUUCAAAUCACGAGGCUUGGGAGCCGAAUUUUCGGAACGAUGGUACCUUCAACGAGGAUGCGCUCCGACGCCGAUUCCCACUCGGAGUCGUGGGCGGCCCCUGCGCCGACGGCGGCGGUGGCGGCGGCGGAGCGCAGCCUCGUACAGCGUGGCCGGCGGAGCAGCGCAGUAGCGCUGUACCGCCGCGGGGUCCCGUACGCGCGGACGCGGCCGCUCGCAUUGCUCGCAUGGGUCGCCGCAUGCCGGCUCGCCACCACCAGCCUUCAUCUUUUGCCCCUCGCGACGGUCAACGCCGUGCCACUGGAGUCCACGCAAGCGCAAUUCCUGGCGGACUGCCAGGCGGCCUGGAGGCUGACGCUGUUCUGGAGGAGUGGGCCUCGUCCUGACUGCAGCUCUAUCCUGGGCGUCACCUGCGACGAGAGCGGCAUGAUCGUCAGCCUGAUGCUACUUUUUGAAAAUCUGGGAGGACCCAUUCCCCAGUCCAUCAGCAACCUCAGGAACUUAAGCAUGCUCGCGCUGCCACAGAAUCAGCUCACGGGCCCCCUUCCAGACACCCUGGGCAGCUUGGCACUUCUUACACUCAUCGAUCUGGCAGGAAACCAGCUCUCAGGCAGCAUCCCCGCUAGCUUCAGUGCCCUCAGUCAACUGAAUACCCUCAUGCUGCGACAGAAUCGCCUCACGGGGCCCAUUCCCGAAUCCAUUGGGAACCUAGCUCUGCUUACUCUGAUCAAUCUGUCAAUCAACCAGCUUUCAGGGAGCAUUCCUGCUGGCUUCAGUGCGCUCACAAACCUAGAGCUCCUCUCCAUGUAUGAUAACCACCUCAACAGCUCUAUCCCUACUGGCAUUCGCUUGCUGACAAAUCUUCAGGCGCUGAAAAUCAGCAACAAUAGUUUAACAGGCUCCAUUCCUGCCGAAAUUGGAAGUCUCUCUUUCUUGAACAGCUUGAACUUAAGCGGGAAUCACUUAAGCGGGCCCAUUCCAUCCAGCAUUAGCAGCAUGGCCAGCCUGCAGACUCUGGACUUAAGCGGGAAUCACUUAAGCGGGCCCAUUCCAUCCAGCAUUGGCAGCCUGGCCAGCCUGCAAACUCUGACAUUCAAGCGGAACAACCUCUCUGGGCCGAUACCACCCACCAUUGGGAGGAUCUUCUUCCUGCAAUUACUCGACACCAGCGAGACAAUGCUCACAUGUCCGGCUGACCAGACCAGCUGUGUUCAGAUACAGAUUUCAUUAACAGCCUUCUGCCAAACGUGCAAAACAUUUUGCGCAACUUGCCUACAGCCAACAGCGGAACCAUCACCACUGGCUGUGGGACCAAACAGCACCACCGGCAGCAGCAACGGCAGCCAGCAAACGCCAGCGGUGUCACCACCUGCAAACCCAGCGUCUGAUGGGGGUGCGGGUGGCCUGCCGCUGAUAGGCAUCAUUGGCGUGGCUAUUGCUGCCGUCGUCGUGCUCCCACUGCUGCUGGCUGCUGUGCUGCUCUGCUUCCGGCACAGGAGGCAGCAGAGGCCCAAAGCCGCGCCGGGCAGCAUGGCAGUGUCCACUGAGUUCUCUCUUGCUGAAGUGGUGGCGGCCACCAACCACUGGUCCGAGGACAACCAGCUUGGCUCGGGGGGCUUCGGCGAUGUGUACAAGGGCGUGUCUCCCCGCGAUGGCACCACACAGUGGGCUGUGAAGCGCGCCAAGCUCAUAGACGCCCAAUUCCGGAGGGAGAUCCAGCAGAUGGCUGACAAGAACCAUCCCAACAUUGUGCGCCUGCUGGGGUUUGCGGUGGGGGGGGACAUGAGGACGCGGCUGGAGCAAGUCCUGGUGUACGAGUUUGUGCCCAAUGGAGACCUCAAGAGGUGGAUGGAUCCAACAAAGGCGCCCUUCUCCCUGACCCUGGCUCAGCGGCUGGGCAUUCUCAUCGGUGCGGCCCGUGGCUUGGAGUACCUCCACAGCUUUGGGUUUGUGCAUCGCGACAUCAAGCCAGCCAACGUUCUCAUCACUGCCGACAUGCAGGCCAAGAUUGCUGAUUUUGGACUGGUGAGGGAGGGAGAAGGCACCACGGUGGGGCCUACUAGAGUGAUGGGAACGCCGGGCUUUGUGGAUCCUAUUUACUCUGAGACAUCGAAAGCAACCACUGCCACUGAUGUUUACAGCUUUGGAGUGCUCAUCCUUGUGGUCCUCAUCGAACGUAUUUUGAUUACUGAGACUGGGGGGGAGAGAACGCACAUUCUACAUUGGGUAAGUGCCAACCUAGCAUGUGGCACCAACCUAGCAUGCGGCACCAACCUAGCAUGCGGCACCAACCUAGCACGCGGCACCAACCUAGCACGCGGCACCAACCUAGCACUCUGCACCAACUAAAGGCACUCUAGCUUGUAUAAGUACCUUUUUCCUUUUCAUUUCAACAACAAAACAGAGGCUGCUUAAAGGCCUUGGUCUGCUCGGGGGCCGGCUACUCGCCCCACCUCCUUAAAGCCGUUGACCGAAAUUGCUGAAGUACCACGCCCUAAGCCACCAUGGUCAACAAGGGUCGUGUGUUGUAUGUGGUGCUUUCGCUGCCUUGGUGUAGUGGCGCUGGGCUGAGUUAUGCACUUCAAAAGUCCCAAAAUGUAUGCGUGCAUGUUUCAAGUUUCUUUCCGCUCAAACGCCUGGUGUAUCGGGGGGAGGGGCGGAAUCAGCUGGGGGUGGUGCUCGCGUGUCAACUGUUUCCCGUGUUGACCGAAAUUGCCAAAACGCGUUACUUUCUCAGGUUCUACAACUCGGCCAAGUUGCGCAACCCAGAUUUUGCCAAAGCCACCACGCCCUUACAUGUCCU